GUGUCGGCAUGGGGCGGUUAUGUUUUCAUCAUCAACCUGAUCCCUCUGCAUGUGUUUGUCCUCCUGUUGAUGCAGCGCUACAGCAGAAGAGUCUACAUCGCGUACAGCACCUUUUACAUAGUGGGGCUCAUAUUGUCCAUGCAAGUCCCUUUUGUCGGCUUCCAGCCAAUCAGGACCAGCGAGCACAUGGCUGCUGCAGGUGUGUUUGCGCUCCUCCAAGCCUACGCCUUCCUACAGUACCUGAAGGACAGACUCACCCGACAGGAGUUUCAGACGCUCUUCUUCCUCGGGAUCUCUCUAGCCGCCUGUGUCGUCUUCCUCACAGUCAUCUAUCUCACGUACACAGGUUACAUCGCUCCAUGGAGCGGUCGCUUCUACUCGCUCUGGGACACCGGUUACGCCAAGAUCCACAUCCCCAUCAUCGCGUCGGUGUCGGAGCACCAGCCGACCACGUGGGUGUCCUUCUUCUUUGAUCUCCACAUCCUGGUCUGCACCUUCCCAGCAGGCCUUUGGUUUUGCAUCAAGAACAUCAAUGAUGAACGCGUGUUUGUGGCGCUGUACGCCAUCAGCGCCGUGUACUUUGCCGGCGUGAUGGUGCGGCUCAUGUUGACGCUGACCCCGGUCGUGUGCAUGCUGUCUGCCGUGGCGUUCUCCAGCGUGUUCGAGCAUUACAUGGGAGACGACACGAAGCGAGAGAAGCCUCCCGCCGAAGACAGCAGCGACGAGGACGACAAGAGGAAUUCUGGGAAUCUUUACGACAAGGCGGGCAAGGUGCGCAAGCAUGUGUCUGAGCAGGAGAAGGCGGAGGAGGGCCUGGGUCCCAACAUCAAGUCCAUCGUCACCAUGCUGAUGCUGAUGCUGCUCAUGAUGUUCGCCGUCCACUGCACCUGGGUGACCAGCAACGCCUACUCCAGUCCCAGCGUGGUGCUGGCGUCGUACAACCAUGACGGGACCCGUAACAUCCUGGACGACUUCCGGGAAGCUUAUUACUGGCUGAGGCAGAACACAGACGAGCACGCUCGGGUGAUGUCGUGGUGGGACUACGGCUACCAGAUAGCCGGCAUGGCCAACAGGACCACCCUGGUGGACAACAACACGUGGAACAACAGCCACAUAGCCCUGGUGGGGAAGGCCAUGUCCUCCAACGAGAGCGCGGCCUACGAGAUUAUGAGGUCGCUGGACGUGGAUUACGUGCUGAUCAUCUUCGGAGGAGUGAUCGGCUACUCGGGCGACGACAUAAACAAGUUCCUGUGGAUGGUGAGGAUCGCUGAAGGGGAACACCCCAAAGACAUCAGGGAGAGUGACUACUUCACUCCUCAGGGAGAGUUCAGGGUGGACAAGGCCGGUUCACCGACUCUGCUCAACUGCCUCAUGUACAAGAUGUCCUAUUAUCGAUUUGGUGAGAUGCAGCUGGAUUUCCGAACGCCACCCGGCUUCGACCGAACACGUAACGCUGAGAUCGGCAACAAGGACAUUAAGUUCAAGCAUCUGGAAGAGGCGUUUACUUCAGAGCACUGGCUCGUCAGGAUCUACAAGGUGAAGGAGCUGGACAACAGAGAGACGCUGGACCGCAAGCUCCGCAGCGUGGUCACCAAGCAGAAGUACACGUCUAAAAAGACAGCCAAGAGGAAGCGAGGACACAUCAAGAACAAGCUGGUCCUGAAGAAGGGCAAGAAACUCCCGAAAAAAUAAAGAUGGCUCUGAACUCACACGGACGUAAAGAAACCUCCAACAACCAAUGAAGAAGAACACGAGGGCGGCCGGGUGCCUGGCACUCGGUCUGGAGCGCUUCUCUUUAGAGCGCCCUCAUUUAUCGAGGAAGCGUCAUAUCUGGCCCGACCAGAACCGUUGUCCGUUUUAUCCUGACAACGUCUGUCUUGCUUUUUUUUUCUUUUUUGUUUUUUGUUCGUUUUUCUACUUUUUACUUGAAUGUGGCGAGGCAUAGGGCUGCUCUAAUUGAUUAAAUGAUAAUUUUUUUUGUUUUGUUUUUUUUUGUGUGUGUGUGUGUGUUGGGGGGUUGUUAAUGACCGGAUUAUCAGUUAGGAGACCGGGCGAUCCGCAGGAUGAUGAGGAACGUUUGCACCAAAGACCCAUCAACCUUGCUCCGUGGCACAUGGAAAUUCAUUGCUAAGGGCGAGGGAAUGCCGGAGUGGAAGCUGAGGACUUUGUUCCUGACGCGUGUACAGAGGACAGUAUGCGGUAUGGAGGAACGUUGCCGUCUACGCACAGCACAUCUGUAAUAUUAACCUUUUUACCAUCCUCAUCUCCUUAACAUCUCCCUGGCUCUUUGACCUUUUGUUUCCAACAGAUUCUAUAACCAAUUGGCCUAAUAUGUAAAUAUCUUCUGUAAAGACAAAAAAAAAAGCUCUAAAAUGAUGGUAAUAUAUUGGAUCAUUGUGAUUUUUAAAUGCGCCGUUCUUGUUUUGUUUUUUGUUUUUUUUAUAUGACAGCAAAUAGAACAGUGAAUGCAAUAAUUAUACACAGCGGGGCUUCAAGAUGUCGUUGAAAGAAUGAAUUUGAAUGUGAAUUUUUUUACAUCUCUCCCCUUCUUUUCCACAAAUUGCAUUGACUGUACAUUUCUGCUGCUAGGGUUUUUAAGACAGAAGCAAACUGUAAAAAAAAAAAAAAAAAAAGUGAUUACAAAUUAAGCCUACAGGGGGAGCUCUUGAUUGAGCAAAGCCUAGUUUUACCUUGUGUUUAAGUUUUUUGUUUGGAUUUUUUUUUUUUGGCUCAUUGUGCUUCUGCUGCUUGACCACAUAUGGUGAUAGUUUUUUGUUUUUAAAAUCUGAAAAUCAACAGAAAUGUGAAGGAGGUUUCAGGCGUAGACUCAGUCAAGAUUGCUGUCAGGAAGAACAUCGAACAUACCAGGAAGGAUAAAAGAUUAACAGAUGCCAGGAGCUGUGUCCUAAUACUGUACUGCUACUAAUUGCUGUUGAGAUUGAUGACUAUCGUUUGUGCAAAAAACAGGUAACUGAUGGUGGGUUUUUUUUCGGCAAAAUAAAUAUAGAACAAAAUAUAACCAUUAUCCAACAGGGACAUUUAUUUUUUAAGUUGCACAAGAAAAAUGUAGUUUUUGUGCAUGUAAACAGAAAUUUGAGGCUUAAUUUGAAAGAGGGCAUAAAUCAUCGUUGAACAUUUGCUCUUAAACUGUGUUAAGGCCUGUAGCUCACAAUAAAACCCAGAAUUAUUCAUUGCAUUGGCAGGUAAAAUAAUUUAUGUAGUUAAACAAUGACGUUUGUUUCCAUAAGGCCUUUCUUAAAAAAUUAUAAAAUGUAGAAGUAGGAUAAAUUUGGGCAAAAUGUCCUUGUUUUACCCAACGAUAUUCAUAAAAAAGAAAAAAACAAAACAUUUCAUAUUAGCAAGCCAUGACAUGAUUGUUGCAAGUCUCACUUUUCUCCACAUAAGCCCUUAGUGUUUUGCUCCUGACUCUGAACGUAAUUCCAACAUGUUGGAUUGCCCCCCCAAAAAAAAAAAACUCAAGCUAAUGCUACUCAUGUGGCAGAUGUAAGUAAAAUUUAAAACCUGAUACACAGAUCGCUAGUCAAACCCUUGCGUUCAUUUGACUCGGACACAUAGAGUCAAAAAAAGCUACAGGAGGAACAUUUAGCUCUGUUAACAUUAGCAAUGAUUUUGUGUUGACAGUCGACACUUAAAAAGUAAAAACCGCGGUUAAAAAAAAAAAAAAGAAGCACCUGAUAAACUUUAUGGUGUGGUCAGCUGAGUGGUUUGGCUGUUGACCCCCCCCCCCUGCUUAAAGCAUCUGUCCUAGCCUUCACAUAAACUUCCUCUUCUCUCAGCUACACUCUUGUUUCAGCUUCCUGGGACGAAAUAAAGUUUCCAACAGAGAGACAAUUGUUGGCUGGGGAUAAAUCUGCUCUUCGCUGGUUUACUUGCUGGGCUCUCACCUACGUUUCCUACAUAAGUGGCCUUUGUAGGCGAAGUUAUUUCAGCGCCACGCGUCCGUUCCCCGUGUGUCACACACAUCCUUACCCCCCCAAUCAGCUUUGGACGGGCCGUGUCUUCAUAGGUGGCCAUUUUUGGGAUAUUGUUUUAUAAACUUUACAUAAGGGGAAUAUGUACACUGGAUUUUAUUUAGGGGUGUUGGAGUAAAAGGAGGGUGAAUGCAAAAGCACAACAUAUUAUUUUAUUAUUUUUUGGAUAAAAAACAUUUUAAAACAGUGUCACUUCCUGCCACCUCAGAAAUGCACUACUUUGUGUUGGUGAUAUAAAAUCCCAUUAAAAUACUUGUUUUUGCAUUGUGGGCAGAAAACACUUGUUGAUUUAAAAAAUGUUUCCUUUAAUCAGUUCGAAAAGGCUUCAGCCGGAGUGUGGCGUUUGGGUUUGGGACACAGCUCUGCAUCUCGUUGAAAGGACACUGCACUGUUUUCUCAUGUUGACAAAAACUGAACGGAGGUUGUUGUUUUUUUAUGCACGCUUUGGGGACUUUUUUUCUGUUUUCUAUCAAAUCAGAGACACUUUAAAGACGACAUACAGAUGCAUUCGUUUUGUCACAUCACACAGGUUUUCUUACGAUCAGUUUGUUUUCUUUUGAAAUGCGUCUGUAUCGCUUUGUUGUUCUUGAUUUUUCUGACUGUCACUGUCGGAGGCUUCAGGCUGCUGGAACAGUGACAUUUUGACGUGUCGUUGCACUCCGCCUAAAACUGCACCGUGUCCUUUGGAUUCUCGUUAGCAAGGAGAAGACAAAGUUCAUGUUAAGCCUUAACGUGAUGUACUUUUACUUUUCCUCAUUAUGUGAUUUUUUUUUUUAUUAUUAUUUUUCUUUCCUUUAAAUCUGAUGAAAAUGUUGUUUUUUUUGGGCUAUGUCCAGUUUUUCCUGAACACUUUUUGUUCAAUGCAGCCUCCAACUUGUCCCUGCUCACUUUCAGAGUUUACAUUUUGUUCAGUUGUGCCACCUCUAAAUAUACUCCUAAACAAAA